AUGCCUUCCUUCUGGAGGCGUCCUUUUCGCAGCGGCGAAGAGCCUCAGGCUGUCGACGCGGAUGAGCGUGGAUCAACGGAAAGCGGUCCCUCUGAGAUUGUCGCUGGAGAAACUCACUAUAUUGCGGGCAAGGGUGCCAACAGCAAAGAGACGACAUAUCAAGAUGCUUCUGGUGCUCCUGUGGAGGAGUCGUCCCCCUUGGGUUACGACGUUGGGCCCUUGACGAUUCUCUUUCUCAAUGUCAGUAAGAUGAUUGGAACAGGCAUCUUCUCAACUCCAUCAUCGAUCCUCGCCGGCACCGGCAGCAUUGGACUGAGCCUGAUAUGGUGGGCUCUUGGGUUCCUGACAUCGAUUACGGCGUUUGCGGUCUAUCUCGAGUUUACAGCAUACUUUCCCUCGCGAUCUGGAGCAGAGGUGGUGUAUCUCGAACAAGCAUUUCCGCGUCCGCGCUGGCUCUUCUCGACGGCAUUUGCGUUCCAAUCCGUCAUUCUAUCCUUCAGCAGCGCCAAUUCAUACGUAUUGGCGCAGUACCUGUUUAAGAUGACAGAUCACAAUCCUACCGAUUGGCAGCUAAAGGGGGUUGCCAUAGCAGGUUAUACAGUUGCUCUUCUCGUGGUUGUCCUACACAACAAGUUGGCGUACCAUUUGGCCAACGGAAUCGCCUUUGUCAAGAUCGCUACCCUGAUCUUCAUCUCAAUCACCGGGUUCGUAGUCCUCGGAGGACAUACUCGAGUACAGGACCCUACGGCCAAUUUCCAUAACUCGUUUGAAGGAAAGGCCACCGCAUACGGCAUAACAAACGGUCUGUAUAAGAUCAUAUUUUCCUACGCAGGAUACGAAAACGCGUUCAACGUCGUGAACGAAGUCAAGAACCCUGUCAAGCAGAUCCGACGGCAAGGCUACAUUGCCAUUUGGUCUGUCAGCAUUCUGUACAUACUUACCGUUAUCGCCUAUUAUGCCGCCAUCCCCAAGGCGGACAUUAUCAGCGGCAAGCUUACCGUUGCCAACCUCUUCUUCAUCAAUGUGUUCGGCGAUAGCAAACAGGUUAAGGCGCUCAACUUGCUCAUCGCCAUCAGUGCCUUUGGCAAUCUGGUGGCAGUUAUGAUAGGUACCUCGCGGAUUAUCCGAGAAUGUGGUCGGCAGGGCGUUCUUCCAUGGACCAGGUUCUGGGUCUCGACCUACCCUUUCGGAACUGCUCUUGGGCCGUAUCUGUUCAAAUACGCCAUCACUCUCAUCAUGAUCCUCGCUCCGCCUGCUGGCGAUGCUUUCAACUUCGUCAGUGAUCUUCGCAUCUACCCUGGCUCCUUCUUCGACUUCCUGAUGUGCGUGGGCCUCCUCAUUGUGAGACACAAACGAAAGGCGCUCAACUUGCCACGGCCCGAGUUUAAAGCGUGGGAUAUAGUCAUCUGGUUCAGCAUCCUGAAAAAUCUCUAUCUCCUCAUCAUGCCUUGGUACCCCCCUGCAGGGGGCGCAACUGGUGGCGACGUAAGUUUCUGGUACGGCACGUACGUAGUCACAUCAAUCGGCAUUAUUCUGGCUUGCGUUGCAUAUUAUUGGCUUUGGAUCCACGGCAUUCCUUACUUCCGGGGCUACAAGAUACGAGAAGAAGUCGUCACGCUUGAAGACGGAUCAAAAAGCCACCAGCUGGUCAAGGUGCCAAACGCUGAGGUUGAGGAGUGGGAUAGGACGCAUGACCAUGCCGGCCGGCUGAUCACGGAGGCUGCUGAACUGAGUGACAAGACAACCAGCAAGGUUCUUGUUGAUGGAAAGGAUGUUACGGUUCCCAGCACUAAUUGA